ACUUUAACUGCAGGUGUUUUGAUUUACAGCAUGUGAAGAUACAGAGCCAAGUGAAUAAGACAAAAUGAAAAUUGCACUAUACUGCAUUAAACUAUUACCAUUGAUUCUGCCAUGAAAAGAAAUAAUAGUAUUGAAAUACUACACCAUACUUGUUUUCAUUAAUUGUUAUGUGUGCAUUUGUUUUGGCAGAGAAAACAAUAUUAUAUGAUCAAUUCAAACUUGGGAGAAUCAACCCCCAUGUUAGAUACUCUGCACAUCUUCAUAAAGGAGAGAGAAAAGGGUACCCUGGACUUUGACAAGGGCCAUUACUUCUCUUCCUUUCAAAGGGUACCCUGAAGUUGAAGUUGAAGUUCAAGCAGAGACACAGAGAAGUAAAGGGCAUUGAAAGUUUUGUUUUUUCAGCAAAAAAAUGGUAGAAAAAUGAGUAGUUGCGUGGCCAAACUGGAAGCUGAAACUCAUCUCCCCACUUUCACAUUCAAGCAAACACCUUGGAUGCUUCACAACUCACACCACAACAAUCAGUACAACUGCUAUUGUUGUAGUACAACACACAGCUUCAGAUGCUAAAAUCCAAGUGAUGAGUUUGUUUACCACAUGCAGAACUCUUGUGUCUUAGCCUUUUACUGUUGGAUUGCAUUUAUGUUUCCAGGACCAAACAAAUGCUGUAGGGUCACAAUCAGUGCCACACAGAUACAUUAUUCAGGUCUUGGGUACUCUAGCAGCAAAUAAUAGGUUUUUUAAGACCUACCAUGCCCCACAAAGACAAUAGAAGAGCCUUUGCUAAUUAUUAAGAAACAAAUGUUGCAGAGUGUAGAGUGUAGAGUAAUAUGCUAUGUAUAUCCAUGGUGAGAUCUAGCCUAAAGGUCACUGCAACUGCCUUUGUUAGCCAUCUUUGAAGAGUUUUUAUUCAUGGAAAGUGAAAGAGAGGACAACAACAAAGGCACUGAUUCAACACACGCUGCCAUCUCUAGCACACUUAAAAUUAAGAUUGUGAGCUGCAGCAAAAGUGGGGAGAGUUUAGACAACUCAAACUUACCCUCACCAAACAUAAACAAUGGCAUAGAGUCAUCACCUUAUGGUUCUCCUCUUGUGUCACCACCUUCAUCAGCAUUUGUUUCUGCAUUGCAGUCUCCAUAUAUAUCUCCAAGGGCCAUUAUUCCAGACCCACCUAAUGGAUCUCCUUUGGAAAACCAACCAGAACUACUAACAAUAGCCACUUCCACCACCAACCCUUCCACCCCUGAAGAUGUGCCUAGCAGUUCCUACACUCCCCCUUCUGAUCAAUAUGAGUUCUCUGAUGACGCUGCUGACACAAGGCUCAAGUAUGUGACAUGUGUUCCUGAACCGGCUCCUCCACGCAUUUCAUUCUCAUUUCCAGUCCCUAGAAUUUCCUUUGCAAAAGGCCCUAUCUCACCUGCAACCAAUGCCAAACUCAGAAGCUGUGAUGUCUAUAUUGGGUUUCAUGGCCAGAAUCCCAACUUGGUGCGCUUCUGCAGGUGGCUCAAGUCUGAGCUUGAGCUUCAAGGGAUCGAUUGCAUGCUUGCUGACAGAGCAAAGUACUCAGACAGUCAGAGUCAUGAGAUUGCUGAUGGAGUCAUUUGCUCAGUGGCUUUUGGAGUGGUGGUUGUUACAAGUUCCAGCUUCCUCAACCAUUUUAGCAUGGAGGAGGUGAGAUUCUUUGCUCAAAAGAAGAACUUGAUUCCCCUCUUGUUUGACACGGGACCUGCAGAAAUUAUGGCUCUUCUCAACUGCAAAUCAAUUGACAAAGAAUGUAAAGAGGCAAUAGAUGGACUUAUGAAGUGCAAUGAAUUCAAUCUAGAAGCCAAUGAUGGUAAUUGGCGAAGCUGCAUAGCGAAAGCUGCUGGUAUUUUAAGAGCAAGACUUGGUAGGAAGAAUGCUGAGCAGAAGGAUAAUGUACAAGGACUUGAGAACUUACCCUUUCCAAGGAACACGUACUUUGUAGGAAGAGAGAAGGAGAUUAUGGAGAUUGAGGGUCUUUUUUUCGGUCGAGGGAAUGGCAUGGAACAAGUCCAAGAUCAUUGUAAGGCAUUCACCAAAGGAGAAGCUAGUGGAAGUGGACAAUCUGAAGGCCUUGCAGAUGAGGAAAGUGAACCAGUGAUAGCUAGGUGUGGGAGGUAUAUCAGUCUAGAAAUGGGGAGAAGCAAAGAACCAACUUUAGAGGCUUGGGUUGAACCGAUCAUGGGAAACAACUCUUUGAAGAGGUUGAAGAAUAAGAAAUCAAAGAGUGGAAACUACAAGAGCGUGUGCAGCAGUGUGAUUUGCAUUAAUGGGGUUUCUGGGAUUGGAAAGUCAGAGCUGGCACUAGAAUUUGCUCAUAGAUAUCACCAGAGGUACAAAAUGGUCUUGUGGGUUGGUGGUGAAGCCAGGUAUCUGAGGCAGAACUUAUUGAACUUGUCUCUCAAUUUGGGAUUGGAUGUUGGUGCUGAUUCUGAAAUGGAAAGGGGUAGGAUUCGUAGCUUUGAGGAUCAAGAAUUUGAGGCAUUCAAGAGAGUGAAGAGGGAACUGUUUGGUGAGACUCCUUACUUGCUGAUAAUUGACAAUCUUGAGACAGAAGAGGAAUGGUGGGAAGGGAAGGAUCUGUAUGACUUGAUACCAAGAAACACAGGAGGAACACAUGUGAUCGUUACUACAAGAUUGUCCAAAGUAAUGAGCUAUGAUACGAUUCAGCUUCCACCUUUGCCAUUAUCUGAUGCAAUGAUUCUGAUGAUAGGAAGAAAGAGGAAAGAGUAUUCGGCAGAUGAGAUAGACCUGCUUGAAAAAAUCAAUGAGAAACUUGGAAGGUUGAGCUUUGGUUUGUGGAUGAUUGGUUCACUGCUGGCUGAACUUUCAAUAGGCCCUUCUUGUCUCUAUGAGGCCAUUAACCAGGUGCCACUGGAUGAAGAUUCAAACUCCUGCUAUAUGAGCAUUGCAGAAGGGCAAUGGUGCAAGAGCAACCCUUUUCUCAUGAAGACCCUUCUCUUUUGUUUGGAAACUUUGGAGAAAACUAAAGCUAAAGGGAACCUCUUGGCCAUAAGAAUGCUCCUUGUAAGUGGCUGGUUUUCCCCUUCUCCCAUUUCAGCCAGUUUAUUAGCCAAUGCAGCAAAGAGUAUUCCUACAGUGGAAAACCGUCUCAAAAAGUGGACCAAAUCUCUGAGCCUAACAAGUUGUUUAUCACCACGGACAUGGAAAAAUGAAGAAGAAUCAGCAAUGAUUCUUGUGAAAAUGGGACUGGCUAGAAGGGCUAAUCACCAUGAUGGAUGUUGGCUUCAUUUCCACCCCAUAACACAAGCAUUUGCCAAAAGAAAAGGUGGUUUGCAAUAUGCCAAAGCUGCAAUUCAAGGAGUGAGGAAAAUGGGAAGCCAAGUUAACUCAGAUCAUUUGUGGACCUCAGCUUUUCUUGUUUUUGGGUUCAAAUCUGAGCCUCCUCUGGUGCAGCUGAAGGCAAUUGACAUGGUUUUGUACAUCAAGAGAACAGCUCUUCCUCUAGCAAUUCAAGCCUUCACCUCUUUCUCAAGAUGCAACUCAUCCUUGGAGCUCUUGAGGGUGUGCACCAAUGCUCUUGAGGAAGUUGAGAAAUCUUUUGUGUCUCAAAUCCAAGAUUGGUCUUCCCAUGGUUCAGUUUGUUGGAAAAGGAGACUCCAAAGAGGCCAAAAAGUAGAUGAAUAUGUGUGGCAGGAUGUGACCUUGUUGAAGGCAACACUGCUGGAGACAAGAGCAAAGUUGCUAGCAAGAGGGGGGCAUCUAGACAGUGCCAAGGAACUGUGCAGAACAUGCAUCAGUAUCAGAACUGUGAUGCUUGGCCAUAACCAUGCACAGACCUUGGCUGCUCAAGACACAUUGGCAAGGUUGGUGAGAAUGAGGAGUAAGAUAUGAUGAUGAGAGUGUGUUUGUUGUGUCAUCACUUUUACUGUUAAAACUUCAUACAAACAACACCUUCAGUGAAGUUGUGUAAAUGUUGAAUUUAGAUUUUCUAAUGGUUUUUUCUAUGGUGUUUC